GAUGGACUUCUGUACCUGGUACUAGUUAUUAUUCUGUGUCCGUACGUAAGCCGCGUCCACUAGAGUGUCGGCUCCCUUACGUCUAAUUCUGUCCUAUUCUGAACCUUAGUCUGUGAAAUAAAAAACUAACCUCUCUGCACUUGACAAGUGACAGUCAGAUACUGCAAGAAAAUAGAAAAAAAAAUCUCUUACCUAUUCUACAAUACAAAACAAUUUCUUUUAGCAUUUAAUAAUUGCUAUAUCUUUCCCGUUAAUUCAAGAAAAACAUCACUGUUCUCAAAACUGCUGAGUUGAUGCUAAGUUAUGGGUCAAUAAACUGCGGAAACAAGUGACACUCACUCACGCAGUUAUUUCUAGCGUCUGUUUCUGCAAGAGAGCAGUAUAAGAUGGAGGACGACAUAGACAUAGAGGAGCAUGAUCUGUUGAACAACCCAGCCUUGGGGGGCGUGUUUCCAGAUCUUACCAUUUUGAAAAGUGAAAUCGUGGAUUUCAACAUUAGUACAGAAACUCCGACAAAGACACAAGUUCCAGAAAGAAAUGAAAACCAACUGGAUGGUACUUUGGCAUCGAACAGUGGAAGUCUUCCUCCCGUGUGCCCCACGCAUGACACAGAUGUCAAACCUGACAUAUGUAUAGGCAUUGAUGAUACAAAAACUAUUGUGGGAAAUACUCGUAAUUUAUCAGAAUCUGAUGUAAUAGUUUGUCAUUGUAAAAAGGACUCUGAAGACACAGAUGUCAAACCUAACCUCCUAUGUACUGACAUUGAUGAUACAAAAACUUUAGUGAGCAAUAAUUUAUCAGAAUCUGACAGAAUAGUCCCUCAAGUUUACAGCAACAGAAUAAAACUGAAUAGCGGAAUAGAUGUGAACAGUAUCCUAGAAUUAGACUAUAAUAUUAAGAAAUAAGAGAAUAUUAACAUUAAG